UACGUGGACUUGUACCUCCACAAGCCGUCGGUGGCGGCCGUCUUCAGCGUCUCCUACCUGCUCAUCUUCCUGCUGUGCAUGCUGGGUAACGGCGUGGUUUGUUUCCUGGUGCUGCGCAGCAAGAACAUGCGCACGGUCACCAACCUCUUCAUCCUCAACUUGGCAAUCAGCGACCUGCUGGUGGGCAUAUUCUGUAUGCCCACCACGCUGGUGGACAACAUCAUCACGGGAUGGCCGUUUGGCAACAUGGUGUGCAAACUAAGCGGGAUGGUUCAAGGAAUCUCCGUGUCAGCGUCCGUCUUCACGCUGGUGGCCAUUGCUGUUGACAGGUUUCGCUGCAUCGUCUUCCCCUUCAAGCAGAAGUUGACCACCUCCACGUCCAAGCUGAUGAUCGUGGUCAUCUGGGUGCUGGCGGUGUCGGUCACGUGUCCGUCCGGCGUCAUGCUGCAGGUCAGCAAGGAGCCCGCCGUGCGCAUCAUCCUGCGGCGGGACAACGCCACCCGCCCCUUCUACUGGUGCCGGGAGAACUGGCCCAGUCCGGCCAUGCGGAAGCUCUACACCACGGUGCUCUUCGUCACCAUCUACCUGGCGCCGCUCAGCCUCAUCGUGGUCAUGUACGCCCGCAUCGGCCUGGCGCUCCUCAAGACCGCCGUCCCCGCGCUGAGGGGCAGCGGCAUCGGGCCCGGCGGCAGCAAGGCCAACGUGGAUGCCCGCCACGCCGUCUCCAGGAAGAAGAAGAGAGUGGUCACGAUGCUGCUGGUGGUGGCGCUGCUCUUCGCGGUGUCGUGGCUGCCGCUGUGGACUCUGAUGAUGCUGAGCGACUACGCCAGCCUGAGCGAGCGCCAGCACCGCAUGGUCAACAUCUACUUGUACCCUCUGGCGCACUGGCUGGCCUUCUUCAACAGCAGCGUCAACCCCAUCAUCUACGGCUUCUUCAACGAGACGUUCCGUAGGGGCUUCCAGGCGGCGUUUAAGUUCCAGCUGUGCUCCGUCGUCACCGAGCACCAGAGGAGCUUCUCACGUCGCGCCCGGCGGGGGAACGGCGUCCUCCCGAUUCGGCCGGCCGGCUCGGGACCGAAGGCGGUGUCUGCGGGGACUCGGGGUGACGCCGGAGCUCAGGAUUUCAUCAUGGAGGACCUGGGCAAGGUUUCCCAGAUUUAG